GUAUUUUUGAGAAAUAAAAGCUUUGCAAUAAAUCACCAAAUUACAAACGAAGCACCGCAAGAACAACCAUAAACAUUAUGUCGGAAAUGACAGUUAUGAGUAACCACUUUUUCAACAAACCACCCUUAUCAUCAUCAUCAUGUAAAGUUAUGCCUAUGAUAAUGAUACUUAAUAAUACUAAUAAUAAUAAUUACAAACCCUUAAAUUUUGAUUGCAAUCCUCGAUAUGUUUCUCGUAUGUUCAAUCGCCCUGUUAUCGUUCACCGGCUUCUACGAUCUCGGCUUCUUUGCACGAUGAAAGAUUCUGAUAUGAUAUCACAGCUGGAGCUUGGAAAACCGGGAGAAAGAAAGAAGCAAGACAAGCAAGUAAAUGGGGUAUUCUGGAUUCUACUAAUUAAUAUCGGAAUAUUCAUAGCAGACCAUGUAUUUCAGGUUCGUGACAUUAAAGCUUUGUAUUUAUACCACAAUUUUCCUGUUUGGUACCAGUUUGUGACAUCAACUUUCUGUCAUGCGAAUUGGAAUCAUCUGUCUAGCAACCUUUUCUUCUUAUAUAUAUUUGGAAAGCUUGUCGAAGAAGAGGAAGGAAAUUUUGGGUUGUGGCUAUCGUAUAUCCUAACGGGUGCUGGGGCAAAUCUUGUUUCAUGGCUUGUACUCCCAAGAAAUGCCGUCUCUCUUGGAGCCUCUGGUGCUGUAUUUGGUCUCUUUGCAAUUAGUGUUCUUGUUAAGCUCUCUUUUGACUGGAGGAAGAUUCUUGAAGUACUUAUAUUGGGUCAGUUUGUUAUCGAAAGGGUGAUGGAAGCAGCCCAAGCUUCAACAAGUUUUGCAAGCAGUAACAGUGCUCUACAGAAUGUUAAUCACAUAGCUCAUCUCUCUGGCGCUCUUGUUGGUGCAACUUUGGUAUGGAUCCUUAGCAGAGUUCCAUCCUCUCCUGCAGACCAAGACAAAUGAUAUAGCUAUAUAAUUAAAUUAACAUUCUUACGAUACAUACUAAACUAUUCUGUAAUUUUGCAACUUACAGUUACUUUAUCCUUGUCUAAUUUGCCUUUAUGUAUUUGCAAGGCACUUGAACCUAAACGCCCUGGUAAUAAGUAAUAGACGUAUGUGUAGGAACUUGUUAUGUAAAGUUGUGGCAUAGCUUCUAGUCUUUUAGAUUGCAUAUAUUUACAUUUAUUAAAAGUUUGGUACCUACAACAUACCAGUCUA